AUGCUAGUACCAGAUGCAUCUAAAAACUGCAGAGUUGAGGCACCUGUGGUAGCAAACGCACGUAGGAGCGGCAGACUCAAGGCAGCUGUGGUACCAGAUCCACCUAAGAACAGCAGAAUCGAGGAGCUGGCAGACACUGAAGUGUUGAAUCCUCGAGAUUUUGUGCGCAUUCAGGCUUUGCCUGGCUUUGCUCAAAAGGAAGGAAAGGUCUUGGCUAGAAGCAAAACAAUUUACCGAAGCAGUGAACCUCCAAGAGAACAAGUGUUCUGGGAAAACUACCGUAGGAGGCAAGAGCAAUUCACUCAGGGACUCUUCACCCCCACUGGGAAGCCUUAUCAGGAGCUUGGAGAGAUUCUCUACACAGACCCGAAGAAACUCACCCUCUACUCUUUGGGGCAGCUUGCAGAGGAACCAGUGAAAAAAGAUGUGCAGGAAAAACCACCCAAAGAAGUGGCUGAGAUUACUACUAACAAGUACUCUUUUAAUCCAGAGCCUGUUCCACCGGAACCAGUGAAGAGGCUCUCCACAUUUAGAGAAACAGGAAAGGAGCUGAGGACUCUUAGCAAAGCUCCAGCUCACUCAAGGCAUCAUAUCAAUUCUGUGAAGCAAGGUGGAGAACACUUUCCUAUACUUCCCCAAGAAUCACCGGAGAGGAAGAACACACUGAAAGCAGCCCCGCAGGCUCAGGGCACAAGAUGGAGAGCUGAGUUCCAGCCACCUAAACACUCCUCUGAUGCAGAGGAGUCAGAGGAAGAAAUAAACACUUGCUCUCUAACAGAAGGCAACCACUUGAGGAAGUCAGGGAAGAAGAAAAAAGAGAUGACCUUACGGUCUUUCACUCCUGUUUAUAGCAGUGUCUUGAUUCCAAGCCCCCCUGGAGCAAAAAGUGAACAUCUCUUCCGACAACUGUGUGCCAUACACUGGCUUUUGGAAGCUUUGACUCUUGAUUCCAACAGUUCAACACAUUCCAUAUUAACCUGUUGGAAUCCAGCGGACCCUGGUGCUUGUAAAAAAACAGUAAAAGAAAUCAAAGAGGAAAAGUUAGCAACAUACAUGUGGGAGCUGUUUAUUACAAACACAAAGAAAUUCACCUGGAAAGCACGAUACGGUCCACUUAGCAGGAAGAUAAACAAGACACCUACUCUAGGUAUCUCUCAGCUUAGCAGUCAGUCAUCUCCCUGUGGUCAAACCCCUCGUGGCAGCAUAACUUCCACUGUACUUUGCUCUGAAGACAACACCAAGAUUAGUGUAGCUUCAUCUGAUGUUAUGAGUGAGUCAGCACAAGAUGAAGACCGACAACCUCUUUUCCCUCCCCUACAGAGUGUCAUCCGGAUAACACAUGAAGAGGUGUCAAAAGAUGUCUGUAAACAAAAGGAUAAGGUUAAGAAGACUGGACUGCAACGCUGCCAUAUCAGCUCUCUUACUGAAAGCAAAUCUAACUUGUGUGCUGGUUUUGGUGAAGAGCAAUGUUGUCAAAAAUACCAGGCUUUGAAACAACUGAAGUAUUUCAGAAGAGACAUGGAAAGAGUAAGACAGCUGGACACAAGAGCUGAAAGAGAAAGUGAUGAAGAUGGACUAAACUGGUUUGCUGUUUUGGUUGCCAGACUCCCUGAGUCUGUGAAGAGUGACCAUUAUGUACAGAAAAUCUUAAAGAAACUGGAAAAAUAUGGCAAGACUCCCGACUUGAAAAUUCAUCCAGACACCUUUCUUAAGGCUCUGGCUGCUCUACAGGUGUGGGAGCUGUGUUCUCCAGAAAUUGCUGCAGCUGUGGAGUUUGUACGUGAAAGUAUUGUGCAAAUGCCAGAAGAGGAUUUCAGCGAGUGGUUUCAGACAAGACUUCCAGAAGACCCAUUGGGGAGAAAUGCUGUUGAUCCUUCAGCCACAGUAAGGGGAAACAAUGCCAGCUUAGGGUCCAGGGUAACUGGCAGCAGAAAGGAUAUUCAUUCAGGAGCCCUUUCAGCAGUGAGAAGCGAGGAACACUCUUCUGCUGCUAUGCCAGAAGGGCAGGGAAACAGCGGCAUUCAUCCCAUUGAACCAGCCACUGAGUUCCAUGUUUUGAGGAUGCCACGACAGCUGACUGUGACUCCCUCUUUGCG